CGGGGAGCUCUAGCGUCGCCCCCCUUCUCUCUCUUGCUUGCUUUUUUUUCCCUCCACGCGUGCGCCGCCCAAUGCUGGUAUUGGUAUAAAGCCAUCGCCACACCUCACAUUUUUUGGGGCAAAAUUGUUAGUGUUAGAGUAGCGGUUCUUCGCUUCUUCUCCGCGAAGAGCGUCUCACCGGUGAGAGAGAAGUGGGCUCGCGACUGGACAGGGCGACAGAGCGCCGAAUCGCGAGGAUCUGUGAAUUGGGUGCGUGCGGGCGGGCAGCAUCUCACUUGGGUCUCGCUCGAUUUCUCGAUUUCCAUGGCGCAGCAGGACGAUUACCAGCAGGCUGCCGCGGCGGAGGCGCCCGUGCCAUGCGCGAACAACUGCGGCUUCUUCGGCAACGGGACGACCAUGAAUCUGUGCUCCAAGUGCUACAGGGAUUCCGCCAAGAUGGCCAUGGCGGUGGAGAUCUCCAGCGGCGCGGCGCCAAUUCUUCCAUCCGGGUCGGCAAAGGCCCGGGCUUCGCCGGCGGCGGCUCCCAGGGAUUUGCCCCAAUCUUGCUGCGAGGGAUCGAGCGAGGGAUCGAGCGGAUCUUGCCCGCCCCCCGCCGCCCCAGACAGGUGCUCGUGCUGCCGGCGGAAGGUCGGGCUCAUGGGCGUUACGUGCCGCUGCGGCAAGGUGCUGUGCUUCCCCCAUCGAUACCCCAGCGAGCACGGCUGCGAGUUUGAUUUCCAGAGCCAGGGCCGGAUUGCCAUCGCCAAGGCCAACCCCGUGGUGAUCGCGAGCAAGAUCGACAAGAUUUGAUCGAGCCACCAUGGAAGAACCAUCUUUUUCUUUCCUUUUAGUCUUUUCUUUCUCUUUUAGUGUUCGAUUGAUUGAUUCCUCCUCUCUCUUCUCAUUCUCUCCUCCCAUUGGUUGUAGCAUAUUAAUACGAAUAGACGAUUCUUUUAUGUG